AUGUUCAUCGCGUUUCGCUUUGUGACUGGAUGGGGCGCAUUCCAAUCGCUCGCAAGUGUGCCGCUUUGGGUGGGCGAAAUUGUUCCCCCAAGGAACCGUGGGAGGCUCGUUGACAUUCACGCGGUCCUCUUGAAAUUUGGCUACACCCUUGCUGGGUAUGUUGGGGUUGGGUUCUAUUCCUACUCCGGAAAUGAGCAUUGGAGGGCUGCACUGAGUUUUGUGAUGCUAUUCCCAGCGAUCCUCCUUGCAGGAAUCCACUGGAUGCCCGAAUCACCACGCUAUCUCCUUUCGAAGGGCCGCGUCGAAGAGGCAUGGGCGGUGGUCAAGCGACUUCGAUCCGACCCUCAGGAUUCCUCUGAUGAGUACGCCGAGCGCGAAUUUUACCAGAUGCCGAAGCAAAUUGAACUGGAUGCUACUUUGAAAGCGAGCUAUCUCGACACUUUCCGACGGCCAUCCUACCGGAAGCCAGCGCUCAUAACCAUAUACUUGUUUUUCUCGCUGGUAAGCUCAGGAGUGCUUGUAAUCAACAGUCCGUAUUCAGUUGGAGUCGUUACAUGUGUCCUAUUAACCAAACCUAGGUUAUGGCGCUCUGCUGUACUCCGAGCUGCGUUACGACGCUACAGGGGUCUUGCUGCUCCCGGCAGGCUAGACACUUACUGGACUUGUCAUAAACGCAGUGGCUAUAAUAUUUGUGACAAGUUGCCCCGACCAUAUCUAACAUCCCUGGGCUUUGUUCUUUGUACAUUGACACUCAUCGUCGAUGUCGCGUUGCAGAAGAACUUCCUGUAUACCAAAUAUCCGGGAGGACUAAGCGCCGCCGUCGCGAUGCUCUUCUUGUUCUUUAUCUUCAACUCCCUCACUCUUGAUGGCACCUCGUACUUCUAUAUCGGCGAGUUGUGGCCAUCACAUUUGCGAGCGCAAGGCUUUACUUUGGCACUUGUCACCCUUUGUGUGAUCAAUCUCGCCUGGGUCGAGGCCGCCCCGUACGCAUUCGCUGCUAUCGGCUGGAAAUACUACAUUUCCUUCAUCGUCCUCUCAGCUCUGGCUGCUGUGGUCUCAUUCCUCACUUUUCCGGAUACGCUACACAAACCUCUCGAGGAAAUUGCACUGCUGUUCGGGGACAGCGACCAAGUAGUUGUGGAUCAGAGACAGCUGGCUGGCGCUUAUCUGUCGCGCGACAUUUUGAAUGCAGAGGACACUGAGAUAGAGAAGAUUUGA